ACUCAGCUGAUAGAGCAGUCAGAGGUCUGAAGGAACAUCCACUAGUUUGAUCUUGUCUUCACUGGCUCACAAUGUCCAGCAAGGAGGGCACAUCAUGAAGACACUCGGGGACGAGAACACCCUUCCUCCUCCUGGUCUUCCUCCUCCUACUUUUCCUGGGACAAUCCACGAGGACGGUCCACUGGACAGUCCACUGGACGUUCAAAUGGAAAGCAGCUCUGAGGAGAGCGAAGACAUUGCGGUGGCGUUGUUGUCAUCCGACAGGGAAGUGUUACCAUGGCAACAGAGGGAAGAGGAGGAGCGCGAAGAAGUGGAGACCAAGGCGGUGGCGUCUUCUCCGGACGGACGCUUUCUCAAGUUCAACAUCGAGAUCGGCCGAGGAUCCUUCAAAUCCGUCUACAAGGGUCUCGACACUGAGACCACCGUGGAGGUAGCCUGGUGCGAGUUGCAGGUACCACAGACGCAGCGUCUGAGCAAGGCGGAGCGUCAGAGGUUCACCGAGGAGGUGGAGAUGCUGAAAGGUCUCCAGCAUCCGAACAUUGUUCGCUUCUUCGACUCCUGGAAGUCAGCGCAGAGAGGUCCCAAGUGCACCAUCCUGGUGACGGAGCUCAUGACCUCAGGGACCCUCAAGACGUACUUGCGCAGAUUCCGUCAGAUGAAGCUGAAGCUGCUGAAGCGCUGGAGCUUUCAGAUCCUCAAAGGUCUGCACUUCCUGCACUCGCGCUGCCCCCCCAUUCUGCACCGCGACCUCAAGUGCGACAACAUCUUCAUCACGGGACCCUCUGCCUCCGUCAAGAUCGGAGACCUGGGCCUCGCUACGCUCAAGAAGGCCUCUUUCGCCAAGAGUGUUAUCGGGACGCCAGAGUUCAUGGCCCCGGAAAUGUACGAGGAAAAGUACGACGAGGCCGUGGACGUCUACGCCUUCGGAAUGUGCAUCCUGGAGAUGGCCACUUCUGAGUAUCCGUACUCGGAGUGUGAGAAUGCUGCCCAAAUCUACCGCAAAGUCACCAACGGAAUCAAACCUGACGCCUUCUCUCAAGUCCAAGUGGUGGAGCUGAAGGAGAUCAUCGAGGGCUGUAUCCGCACUAACAUCAACGAGAGGUACACAGUCCAGGACCUUCUGGAGCACCGCUUCUUCCAGGGCCGGCUGGGUGUCCACGUGGAGCUGGCCGAGGACGACGAUGGGAAGAAAGCGGCGCUGAAACUGUGGCUGAGGAUGGACGGCACAAAGCGGCUCCAUGGCAAAUACAAGGACAACAACGCCAUCGAGUUUCUCUUCGAGCUCUACGAGGACGUCCCGGAGGAGGUGGCCCAGGAGAUGGUGGUACUGGGCUUUGUGUCCGAGGGCGACUACAAGCUGGUGGCCAAGACCCUCAGAGACCGCGUCACCGCCAUAAAGCACCAACGCGAGGAACACCGCCGUUUGGCUCAGGGCGACUUGCAGGAGGCAGGCAGGGAACGCCAGACUUCUAGUCGGCAAGGACCCGCAAGCUCACCUACUGCGGAACAGAACGCCGCUCCAAGACAAGCCCUGCCCAUCAGCAGCAAGACCGAAGGAGACGGGAACAAGAUAGCGGCUAGAGACAGUGUCCGACACAAUGCAGAAGCUCCGCCUCUUCCUGUCAUUCCCAGGGCUCGUGCGUCAAAGCCUCCGCCCCUUCCUGUGCUGCGCUUCCCCAGGAGCAUCGCAGUGUCGGAGCGACCACCAUCCAUGUCAGUCGGCGGCUUUUCUUCACCUGUGGACAGCUACGCCUCUGACGUGACCUCGGGUUUGAGCGACGGCAACGACGGCCAAACGGAAAAGAGGAACCAAGAAGUGAGUGGCAGGAAGUUAAGGAAAAGAACGUGGGCGCGCCUGAGGAUCACAGGGGUGUCCAACUUGGGCGACCGUGUGGUGGAAUGUCAGCUGACCACCCACGACAGCAAGAUGGUCACCUUCAAGUUCGACCUGGACGGAGACGACCCCGAAGACAUCGCCUCUGUGAUGAUCCACAGAGACUUCAUCCUGCGGCCUGAGAGAGAAGAAUUCAUCAUGCGCAUGUAUGACAUCAUCGACAGGGCGGAGUCAAUGAUACAUCAGCACCAGCGGCCAAAAGACGCCCCACCCCUUCCCGAGCCCCAGCAAAAGACAGCAGCUCAGAAUCUCCCCAGGACGCCAUCCAGCUCGUCGCUAACUGAAGCUCCACCUCCUUUGCCGUAUCACCCCUUGUCUCCCCACUUCCCCCCUUACUCCUCCCUCCUCACUUCCCCCGCCUCCCCGGUGGCUCAGUGGCCGCCCCCCGACCAGCCCCUUUUCUCUCUAGCUAACAUGCUAUCGUUAGCCAUGAGCGUGGCCCAGUCCCUCAUCCCCCCCCCCGGGACACCCACUCCGAGCUUUCCCUCCCAGGCCCCGCACCUUCCCUUCACCCCCCCGUUGUCCCCCUCUUCGGGCUCGGAGCUCCGCCCUCAGGGCCACACCUCCUGGUCUGCGCCUCCGUCGACUCAGCCAGGCUCCGCCCACAACAGUAGGCAGUGGGCGUCGCCCAGUUGGAGUCCGGGAGAGCGUCAAAGUCCGCCGCAGCUUAGCGACGGCCUGCCUCCGCCUUCUCCUGGCCCCGCCCCCACCCCGCCUGCCGAGUCUCCUCCACUAACGACGCCUUCCGCCUUCAGCGUGGGUCGUUUCCACGUGGCGCGCUCUGAGGAUCCAGCGGAUGGCCAACACCCUGAGCGCCGCCCACUUCAGAAGGCCACACCCACCGCACACUCCCCGCCCCCGUCUCGGAUGAGCCAAUGCGAGAGCUCGGAGAGCAUCACGGACGAAGAGAGCCAAUCGGUGAGAGGGGAGGGGAAGCGGAGGAGGGGGGCGGGCCGAAGGCCGACUGGCAGCAUGUGGGAGGGGCCACCUCCCGGCCAAUCGCGCAUCCGUCGCGCAUCCUUUGUCAGUUCUGACGAAUCCGAGAACGAGGGGUCGUGUGAGGGGCUGAAGGAGCUACGGGAAAGACACCUGUUGGAGGUGCACGAGCUGCAGGCCAAUCAGAGGCGAGAGAUCGAGGAGCUCUGCCUGAGGAUGGGAAAGGUCCCGCCCCUGGGCGUGGUCUCUCCGGCCGCCGUACUCAGUCGACAACGCGGCUUCCCCCCCGCACGCAGAAACAGCCUUCAGCGAACGGAAGUGCUGCCCCCCGCAGGUAUCAUGAGGAAGCGCUCAGGCAGCAGCGGAUCUCAGGAGCGGCCGUGCAGAGGUGUGACCUUUGCCCCCGAACACACCUGCAUGCCCUAAAACACAAGUGUCUCAAAUGGCUGCACAAACCACAACGACAUCCUCGGUAGAGCCCACAUAAUGGCAAGAAAAAACUCACACCCAAUGGGAUGUCGGUGACAGUGACAAUGAUGACUAUGAGAAACCUUGGAGAGGACCGCAUAUGUGAGCAACCCCCAAAUCCCGGGGGACUGAAAGCAAUGGAUGUUGAGCGGGUUUAACGUGAUAUUGAGAAAGUCCAAUCCAUAGUGGAUCUAACAUAACGGUGAGAGUCCAGUCCAAAGUGGAUCCAAAAUCCCGUCCUUGCACGCUACACCGCUAUAACAAAGAUGACGGGGAGAAGACACUGCCAUGUAAAUAAGAGUACCCACAAAAUGGCGCAUCCUGAAGCGACUGUCAGAAAGUGACUCGAAGAUGAUGUGCAAAACAUCAUCUAUGCAACAUUGUGAGCAAAGAAGCAGCAUUACAUGUUAUGUAAACUACAAGGAAGUCUUUUCAGUUCACGAAAAAAAAAAAAUAAUAUGACCCCUUUAAUGCUCCUUAUAAACCGAUGUGCCUUAUACAGUAUAUAUAGCGCUUUUCUCUAGUGACUCAAAGCGCUUUACAUUGUGAAACCCAAUAUCUAAGUUACAUUUUUAAACCAGUGUGGGUAGCACUGGGAGCAGGUGGGUAAAGUGUCUUGCCCAAGGACACAAAGGCGGUGACUAGGAUGGCAAAAGGGGGAAUCGAACCUGGAACCCUCAAGUGGCUGGCACGGCCACUCUAGCAACUGAGCUACACCAUUAUGCCAAUGUUAUCAUGCUAACGUCCUUAUGCUAACGUCCUCAUGCUAACCUUUGGCCUUUCAGCCUCCCAUCAACGCCAAUGUUAAUGAAGAAGCAACGUGACGGCUGGCGUGCCAUUGUUCGAAUCCCAGCAAGUUUUGGUGUGCGGCAAAUGUUGUGGCCUCAGGUGGUCACGCCUUCUUUUUACCCCCAGUGGCCACGGCAACGAGACAAGAGCACAUCGGUUGAUUAAAGUGGAUUAGCUUAUCGUAAUUGUUGUCAGCUGUGUUGUCACGGAAAAGUCAUGAAUUCUAACAAUUAAUAACAAUUCUUAUUCAUCAUGCUGUAUGUCUGCAUAAUCAACAAACUAAUGUCAUGAAUAAAUAUUUGAAUAAUUAUAUAAAUGUCUCAUUAAUUAAU